AUAAUAAGCCCAUAUAUCAAAACUAUAGACUAAUAAAACAGAGCAAAUUGGGAAUUUAGGGCAAAAUUGCUCAAACAUUUUUUCCAAGAAGAAGAUUGAAUAUAAAUUCUCAUCUGAUUAUCACAAAUCCUAAUCGCAGUUGUGCAUCGUUGGAUUGGCUUGUACUUAUUGAAAUUUCUAGGAAUUGUAUUAGCAACUCUCCAUAUUAUUUCUUUGUUGAUUCAACUUGUAUACGCCAACAAUAAAUAAAAUUCGAAGGCUUAUAUACACCAAUUAUUUGGUAUUACCAAAUUACUGGUACUAAACCGAACUUUGAAAGUUUGGUCUUUGGUAUAUACUUUCAGUUACCAAUUACAGAAUUAUCGAAACCAAACUUUGGAAAUACUUAACCAAGAAGUGGUUAGCUGUCCAGGCAGCUCUCUUUCAUGUCCUCAUUGGUCGUCCAACCCCUAACCUUAAUUCCCUCCUUAUUAUCUCCAUCCACGAGCUGAUAAAUUCCACAAAGUCUCAAUGGCUUCAAAACUCUCUUCUCGUUUAGCUUCUCGUCUAGCCUCCCAUUUCCUUCGUUCUGCCGUCACCGGUGCUGCUGCCACUACCACCUCUGCUCUAUCCAAAUCUCACCCUUUGAUUUCAGUUUUCCACCACCAGUCACAGCCCUUAGUAUUUCCCCAUUUCAAUACCAACCAAACUGUUUUCACCCUAAGAUCCUUUUCCACACUCUCUCGGCCUGCACGAUCCCACCGUUCAGCUCGACCUGAUAUCGCAGCCAAAGCCCGGCAACUCCAAACCCGCCGUCUGUGGACCUAUGCCAUCACAUUCAGCUGCAUAGCAGGAUUCAUAGUAAUAGUCCUUAACCAAUUCCAAGAUCAACUUGUAUUCUAUUUAACCCCUACAGAUGCUCUAGCAAAACACGCUGAAAAUCCUUCAAGAUCCAAAUUUCGACUCGGUGGACUAGUACUAGAAAAUAGUGUAACACCAAUACCCAAUUCCCCAGAAAUGGAAUUUGUGAUAACUGAUUUGAUUACUGAUAUUUUGGUUAAGUACGACGGGUCGUUACCAGAUCUUUUUCGUGAAGGGCAUUCCGUUGUAGUAGAAGGGUUUAUAAAGCCAUUUACUGAAGAGAUGAAGAAGAAAGAAAACGAAAUCUUGAGUGAGAAAAAGUUACAGCUAACUGAGAAGGCGAGAAGUGGGGACUGUUAUUUUGCAGCUACUGAAGUGUUGGCUAAACACGAUGAGAAGUAUAUGCCUCCUGAAGUUGCAGCUGCGCUUGAAAAGAAUAAGCAGUUGCUUAUUCAGAUGGAAGGGAAGGAGGAAGUGAGUGAUGAUGCAACACCUCCCGCUACAGCGAGAGCGUAAGGCUCAACCAACUAUAGAGUAUGGUAAAAAUUCUAUUGAUUAUUUUCCCGAAAUGACAAGAGUUUUGUUAAAUUUCAAUUAUGAUUAUGCUAUUGAAGGAAGUUAGAAAAAACGAAGGGAUAUAUAGUUUGUUUACUGAGGUUAUACAAUGAAUUUUGUUGUCAUAGAUUUUACCAACCCUGAGGAAUGGGGUUACAGUUUCAAAAUUUUGGAAUAUUUAGUGAAUAAAUGACAGUAAUUAUUUUUUAUGACAUUGGAUGCUUGUAAUUCUAUGUGUACACUCAAUAUAGAGGUCAUUGGAGAAAGAAAUAGAGAAUAAAUCACUUCCGAGUU